UGUAGUUUCAGCAGGCCUGGUCCCGAGGAGCCCCGCCUAGUCCUGCCCUCAAGCCGAGGCAGCGGCCCACCCACCAGGGCCCUGAGCUGGUGCGUCCGCCUCCUUUCGUCCGCGGGGGCGGGGGCUCUGGGGGGCAGACCGCAGCCACCGCAUGGCCCCACCAGCAGCCUUGGAGGGGGCUCCCUAGGCUGGGCUACCCGGACAGGAGGGGCUCUGGUGGCCCCGCACCGGCCCCCAGCCUCUACGGGCGGCGGGCCGGUCAGCCGGGCGGCGGAGGGGACUAUAAGCGGCCGGGUCGCCCACCCUCGAAGCAGGAGUCCGAGCGAGGAGACGGCGCUGGAACCAAUGGACACGUCGUACCCCCGCGAGGACCCCCGGGCCCCGACGCCCAACAAGGCCGACGGCACCGCCCACACGGCCCUCACGCUGGGGGCGCCGCUACCCCCACCUCGAGACCACUUGAUCUGGUCGGUGUUCAGCACCCUCUACCUGAACCUGUGCUGCCUCGGCUUCCUGGCGCUGGCUUACUCCAUCAAGGCCCGAGACCAGAAGGUGACUGGAGAUCUGGAAGCAGCCCGGCGGCUCGGCUCCAAAGCCAAGUGCUACAACAUCCUGGCCACGGUGUGGGCUCUGGUGCCGCCUCUGCUGCUGCUGGUGCUGGCGGUGACCGGCGCCCUGCACCUGUCCCGGCUGGCCCAGGGCUCCGCCGCCUUCUUCAGCACCAAGUUCGACGACUCAGACUACGACUGACAGGCUGGGCCCUGUCCCCGCCCUGACCCAGGGACCCCAACCCCAGGGCUCCACCCUAAUCGCCUGGAACCCUGACUUGCCUACGGGCCUGAGGCUCACCCUCCAGCCCCAGCCUGGGCACCUAACACUGACCCUGAAGAUCCUCCACAGGGAUCUCAGGGCCUUACCCUCACCUCGAUCGAUGCCCCCAGUCCCCUAACCACCCCCCCCCCACCCCCCACCCGCCGCCCCCAGGCCAGCUCCUCCCUCCCCAGCCACCAGGCUCAGCCUCAGUUUCACAAUUAAAAGCGCCUGGCUCCAGAAA